CGAGAGAGUGUAUCUUUGAUGAAAUUGUUGUAUGUAAACAAAAACAGACGUGUGUUGUGUGUGUCAGGCUUUACAGGUUCUCAGAACACUAGUGUUAUAUGUAAUUUUCUACAGAAAUACAACGAUGUAGUUCAUCUUAUUGCAAAAUCUUAUCUCGAAAGUUACACACUGGUGCAAUGAGUGGAACAUGUAUUUGUCAGAAGAUAGUGUCGUGUGAACGCUUGAAUAGUGAUUGUCUCUUCGCCUUGGAAGUGACGUAGAGGUAUCUUCUUGCGAUGGAUGGAAGCAGGAAAAUUGAGGUGAAACAGUCAGCUUUGAGCAGCCUGAAAUCGGAGCUCAUAAGGAAGAAAGAAGAAUGCUUACUAACAAAAGCAGAACAAGUACACGUCCCAAGAAAGAAACUGAAGUCAUUGAACAAACCACAAAGAAGUGAUGAGACUGUUUCAGAAAAAUCGUUUAUCAAAGAUGUUGAAGAAACUGAUGAUACAGAGCUGCUAAUAAAAUCUCGGAAAUGCCUAGAGAAUAAAGCUAGAUUAUAUGAUGAAAAAUUAAGAUUGGCAGGAAGGAGUGCAGGUGAGGAUGACAGUGAGUCUCUUGUCAAUUUCGAGCAGAAAAAUAUUGAGGAGAGUGGAGAGAGAACUGAUGAAAUACCAUCAGAUACCAACAGUGAACCAGAUGACUUAUGCAAUGAAUAUGGUGAUGAUAGUGACUGGGUGGAGUAUGUUGACUUCCUAGGGCGUACUCGAAAAUGCUUGAAAGAAGAUUUAGAGAGGAUGAAGAAAAUAGAUAUUGAAUUCCAGAGGACUUUGUCUAAGGAGCCCAGCCAAGAUGUUCAUCCUCCAGAUGCGCUGCUAACAGAUCAAAUUAGUGAGCGGCCUGAAUUUCUUCAGAAGCUUCAUGAAGUGUGGGAAGAACAAGAGAAACAGUUGAAAGAAAAACAGAACAUCCACUACCAGGAUGUCUUCUUCAACGAGGCCAGAGCACACGGUGUCGGAUACUACGCAUUCUCAACUGACGAAAGGGCACGUGCGACACAGCAGGCAGCACUGGAGCGCCUGAGGCAAGAGACUAAGGCAUUGCAGCAAGUUGCCAAGCAGAAGGCCACACAGGCACUGACACAGAGUGCAGCACGUGUGGAUGCUGCUAAGAAGAGGAUGCUGAAGUUGCUGCAGGCUGCUGUUGGAGGAGAACAACAGAAUGGUACAGCAGCAGUGUCGGAGAUAGCUUCAUCCAUCCUCACUCCUGUCCAGGCUGCAAUGGAAGCUACUCAGAAGGAUGUCUUAGCACGAAGAACAGAACAGUUAGAAAACAGGGAAAAGGAGGAGGAAACUGAAGGUGCUGUCAUAGGACCAACAUAUGUGAGGACCGAGCAGGAGGAGGAGGAGGAGGAGGAUGAUUCGAUAAGGAGGUCUCAUAUCCGUCCCUGGGAUGAAGGAAAAGAGGGUAUUGCUUCUAAAUAUCAUAACGGAUUUGUGCGAUCUGCAGAAAAGGAAGUUAUGUCACAAGAAAAGUGGAUAGAAAAGAAGAGGGAGGAACGACAGCAGGAAUUUUCUCCACUACAAGAGCCGGACAAGCCAGGUGUUAAUCUUGUUGAGGAAUCACUUCCAGCUGCAUCAAAAAAUACUCUGUUCUUCUCCUCGAGGAAAAAAGUGUUCUCAAAUCCAACUCCUUCUCAUAACAAGUUAAUCAACAAAUUUCAGAACAGUGAUGCUGCUGAAGUAGGUUCUCAUGCUGUUUCGUAUCCUCCCCCCAUAAGUGAAACUGGACAUCAUCCUACAUUAAAUACAGAUCCAUAUGCUGGUAUGUCUCCAGCUGAAAUUUCUGAAGCAGUGGAAGCAGGUCUGAAGUACCUCAGGCAGAAAGCAGAGGAGAAACAAACAAAGCCAGAGAAGGGUCUUAUGAGCAUUGUUUAAAUAUGAAAGCUGUCUUGGCUAGUAAUAACUGACUACAUUUCUCAUUGAUAAAAACAUUCUUGAUAAGUUAUUGCCUGGUACAAGUCAUAUUUUCCUAGAAAAUGGCACCAUUGUCCAAACAGAUAUUCAGAUCCCAUCAUUGACGUAAAGUAUUGUGUCGUUAGAUGUUUUUAAGUACAGAAGUAGAUGGAAGCUGUGAGCCUUAGAUUCUUGCUGUGUGACAAAUGGUUGAACAUUUGCAUGGAAUUUUCCAAGGAGCCUCUAUGAUGACUUCCAUGUGUGCCCAAGUGCUAUCAGGAAACAGGAUGAUUCCACUUCUCAUUAUUUCCUUCCUUUUAUUUUGUAAGGCCCAUCAAAGGCAUUGCCAAAUUUGACAGCAAACUUCAGUUUAUACACGCCUUGCCUGUCAGGAAACAAAAGAUUGUAUGCUUGUCUUCGUUGAAAUUGACUUUUUGGGUUUAUUAGCAUUCAUGGAAAGCAUGUAUUUCUACCAUUGCAUUGUUUGUUGCCUAAUUUGAAACCUUUAUGUUAUUGCUUAACACAACUUGACCAAGAAAUGUAUUCAUUUUACUUAAUACUGUUAGAAGAAGUCAAGUGAGGGGCCCAUUUAUUGCUCAUUUUCUUUAUCAAAUAAAAUUCCAGUUGCCUGGUGCAAACUCAGUUUCUUCUUUUCUCAUGGUAGUGUCAGAGGUGCAUGAAUAAAUGUCUGACAUCAAAAAGGAAUACACACAAUUCACGCAGUGUGAGUUGUUGAUUUGUAUACUCAGCUUCCUUUAUUCUUCACAAAAGCUCCUUUGAGACCACAGACAUUUUACUUUUCCCAUGGUUAUCAUCUAUAUUUCCUUUGACUCUCAUGAACUGUCAGCACAAAUUCAAAACAGUAUGUCAGUACAUAAUAUUUCUGUGAACAUAUAUAAUUGAAGACAUGUACAGAAAAAUGUAAAAGCUUAGAGAUAAGUGUUGCCAUCCAUUGUUGGGUAUGGGAACUAUCAAAAUUGACAUUGGUCUCUCUCCUAAGUGAUAUCGAGGGUUGAGACCAAUGUCAGUUUUGAUAGUUCUCAUACCUAGCAACAGAUGGCAGCACUUAUCUCUAAGUGUUUACAUUUGAGGAUUAGAAUAUUUUUCUGUGCAUGUUUUCAGUUUAUCUAUGAAGAUUCACACAAGACUUAUCACUUUAUGCAAAGAAAUCAGUUGACACUUCAUAUGUUCAGCCUUAAGUGUUACCAUUGAGGAAUUCUUUUGGGCCAGUAAACUAUGUAUCUGUAUUUUACAACAACCUUCACACACUUUACUUUACAACAACCUUCACACACUGAUAUUCUGAAAGUCAGAUGAGAUGUAGUGGUGCUGUGGCCAAAUGACAGACACAGCUGUCUGUAUCUAAUGUAGAUUUGUACAUUGUUAAUAAAAGAAAAAAACUAAUUUUAUUUCUUACAGAAAAUUGAAUAUUAAAAAAAAAAUAAAAAAAUAAAAAGCUGAAAA